UAGCGGUUCAUUGUUGCUUUAUGUUCAUGUUCCACGCCAGGCCGCCAGGUGGCAGUGUGAUGGUUGGGAGAAAAAAGAGGCGGUUUUUAAACAACCAAUGAGAAGCUUCCAACGAGGGCGCAAAAAACGGGAAAAGGAAACGUCGAUGCCGCCAUUUCACGUGAAAAGCAGCGCGUGAGGAAGUUCGCUAGCAGGGCAGUAUUUGCUCAAAAAUACAUUUCGAAAUUAAUUAUUUACCACUCGCUGUGGAUGUUUAAGACAAAUUAAUUUUAUCUUAGUUUAAGAGCUGUUGUUUUCCAGUCUUACCGGGCGCUUCCUGGUCGUUUUGAGGCGAAGAAAAUGAGUUACGGUAGGCCCCCACCAGACGUGGAGGGAAUGACCUCCCUCAAAGUGGACAACCUGACUUACCGAACUUCGCCUGAGACUUUGCGUCGGGUAUUUGAAAAGUACGGUCGCGUGGGUGAUGUAUAUAUCCCCCGGGACCGUUACUCCAAGGAGAGCCGCGGCUUCGCCUUCGUAAGGUUCUUCGACAAACGUGACGCUGAAGACGCCAUGGAUGCCAUGGAUGGCGCGCUCCUUGACGGGCGAGAGCUGCGAGUUCAGAUGGCCCGCUACGGUAGACCACCGGACUCGAUGUACAGUAGGAGAGGCCCUGCUCCUCGCAGAUAUGGAGGAGGAGGAGGAUACGGACGCAGAUCCAGGAGUCGUUCGGGUAGUCCACGUCGACGCAGGCGCAGCCGAAGCCGCUCCAGGAGCCGGAGCCGUUCCCGAUCCAGGAGCCGCCGCCACUACAGUCGCUCCAGGUCCAGGUCCGAUUCCAGGUCCAGGUCAAGAUCCCGUUCGAGAUCCAGAUCGAAAUCCAAAUCCAGAACCCCAAAGCGGAGCAAGUCAAAGUCCCCCUCCAGGUCUCGGUCCCGCUCCAAAUCUAAGUCCAAGGCCAAGAGCCCAACACCACCAUCCAAGAGAGAGUCGAAGUCCCGGUCCAGAUCCAAGUCUAAAUCCAAAUCCAAGUCCAAGAGUAGAUCCAAGUCUCCAGAGGACAACGCAGCAGAGACUUAAUGCACUCUCGGACGCAUCAUCACGGUAUUUGGGAAGGGGGGGUAAUCAACUUAAAAUUUAAUGUUUAAAAAAGCACAAAUCACAGCUGCACAUUAGAAGUUACUUUAAUUUGCAUGAAGUCUGAAGUUAUUUUUAACAUAGGAUUUGAGAUCAUUCUGAACACAAUGGCGUUUGUGCUUUAAUUUGUUGUCAAAUUUAAAGCACAAACUGUCAUUGGGAGGGACAGUAACAUAGAUUUCAGAGGGGUGUGGUUUAUUACAUGUGUACCUGUUUGUUUGGGGGGUUGGAACAUGGGAUGUUCGCUCAAAACCUUCACUUAAAUGUGGAAUUCUUUCCUCCAAGCUGCUGAGUCCUGUUUGCAAAGAGAGGAGGAGAUGGGGGUGUUGCAGUUUGAGAGCAGUUAGUGUGUGACCCGCCCAUGUGACCUGCCCGUUGCUGAGGGCGAUGGCAGUUUCUAAGGAACAGGCCACCAAGGCAAUGGUGGUUGCUGCUGAGCAGGUCGUCAUGGCGGUGGUUCGGGCUGUCAGUUGGUGUGUAAGGUGAUGUGGUGAGGUACGUUCACGGGGACCACAGGCAGCCGCACUGAGCUGUGUUCCCACCUGCAUCUGUGGUUUUCUCUGCCUCUCACAGAGAGAUGCAACCCCAAGGUUUGUUUUUUACACAUGUGCCGGCGUUUCUAUUGGGAAGAGCUGGGCCAUGAAAAGUAUAUUUAUAGGUUUGUUUAUUAAAAAAAUAUUUAAAUGUUACUUUUAGAUUACGUCAGACCAAUACUACAUUUAAAUAUUGAGGUCAGAUGCAGGGUUUUACACGACUGACUAGUUUUGCUCUUGCUAAUUCUGCUGUUUCCUUUCUUUCAGGUUGCUGCCGUUUUGAACCUUCAAGGACGUCAGGAACUGUCUCACAUUGAGCAAGCGGACCCUACUUUAACACCUAAAUCCAGACAAAAAGGUUAUUGGAUCUUGGUCUAAAUUGCUUUAAAUGUAUAUUUUUAUGUAAUCUGCAGUCAUUGUUAAAACUAAGCAUAUUCAAAGGGAUGUAUGAGGCAUCUUGGCAAACUUUUUCUUUUUCUUUAUAAACCUUUUGUCUUGGAUAAAUAUUUGAUUGAAAUCUUUCAAUUUCUGUUUGGUUUAAGGUUUAAUUUUAAAAUUACUGUUAACUAAAUAAAAAAAGGGUGGUCGUUGUUUGGAAUGCUGCCGCUUAAAUUUUCAUGAAAAAAUGCCUUGCUUCAAAACGAGAGGCCAUUAAAUGUGUCAAUAGGAAAGUCGAGUAGCUUCUGAUUUCUUCUGACAGAUUUUCUUUGUCUGAUCAAAGAUGCUUUCCUAUGACUAACCCUUUUUCUUGUGUAUCUUUUGUGCACUAGGCGCAGUUGUGUAGCAGUUGAGUAAUGCUGGUUAGCUGUUAAGAUGCGGUGCAGUGCGCUGGUGACUUGGUGUGGCGUGUUGCGGUGCAGAGUGCCCGGUGCUGUUCCGGGGCUCGACCCUUCGCUGCCGUAUGCCGGUUUGUAAGAUCACAGGUGUGGCAGAUCAUCCAUCUUCUCCCGUAUUUUUUUUUUUGUUUUCCUAAGACCACUCCCUCAAUGUUGUGUAGAUCUCUUCUCUUCACUCUCCUCCCGUCUUUUUGCUUCCUGGUCCUUCUGGUCUUUGUUCACUGUUUAAAUGCUUGCAUUGAAGAUGAAUCCCGUUGGAUUCCUAGUGAAGAGUUGAUGAGUCAGCGUUGCUCCCAAUGGAAUUUUUUUUUUUCUGUACUGCAUUCCUUUGUGAACUUCUCAAAUGUCUUGUAAUUGCUUCAGGUAAAAUUCAAAUAAAAAACCUUGUAAAUAAA